AUGAUUGUUAUAUUUAUAUCCGUGAUUUUAGUUUUAAUAAUACUAGUGAAUUGGUUUAAUUUAAUUAAUGAAAGUAACAAGAUCAGUGCACGAGGACCUUUUCCUUUGCCGAUUUUGGGAAAUGCUCAUUUGUUUAUGGUCGAUGCUUCAGAAUUUUUAAAUUUAAUCCUCAAUUUUUCAAUCAAGUAUGGUGAUGCUGUUAGAGUUCACUUUUUCUCGAGGCCCCAUGUGAUACCUAUACUCUUAAGUACAGAGCUCAUUACGAAAGGACAGUCAUACCGUUUUCUCGACUCUUGGCUUGGACAAGGACUGGUCACCUCCACUGGUAACAGAUGGAGAACUCAUCGCAAAUUGUUAACCCCAGCUUUUCAUUUCAAUAUUCUUCAAAACUUCCUGCCUGUGUUUUGCAAAAACCAAAGAAUAUUAACGGAGAAGCUGCGCGAGAGGGCCAAAAAAGGAAAGCCAAUUGAUUUGUUACCUCUUGUUGCUUUAGCUGCUCUGGAUAAUGUCAUAGAGUCUAUAAUGGGAGUAAGUAUGGAGGUACAAAAAAAUGAGGAAUCCAAUUACGUGAAGUCGACAGAUAUGAUGGCAAAUAUUGUGUCAUCACGGAUGCAAAUUCCUUUCCUUGGUCUUGAAAUGUUAUUUAACAUCCUUCCUUUAAAAAAACAACAAGAUAAAGCACUAGAGGUAUUGCACGGUCAAACAAGGAAAGUCAUUCAAAUGAGAAGAGAUGAGCUGAAUAAAGCUAACAUUACCAGUCUAGCUACACACAGUGAUAUCGGAAUGAAGAAUAAACACGCAUUCUUGGACCUAUUGCUGCUUUCUGAAAUUAACGGUGAAAAAAUUGACGAAGAGGGUGUUCGAGAAGAAGUCGAUACUUUUAUGUUUGAGGGUCACGACACAACGACUUCAGGAAUAGUUUACACGCUCUUUGCAUUAUCAAAACACAGAGAUGUUCAGGAAAAGAUUUAUGAAGAGCUUAAGACUAUUUAUGGUGGUAAUAUGGACAAAGACCCCAGUUACCAAGAACUUCAGCAGAUGAAAUAUUUGGAUUUAGUUCUUAAAGAGUCGAUGCGGUUAUAUCCACCAGUACCAUUCAUCGAAAGAUUAAUGGAGAAUGAUUGCGAGGUGGGAGAAUUAAAACUCGUAAAAGGCACAUCAGUGUUGAUAAACAUACAUCAAAUUCAGCGACACCCGGAGUUGUACGAAAAUCCUUUGAAAUUUCGCCCGGAAAGAUUUAAGGUUCCAUUGCCUAAUCCUUUUAACUGGAUUGCCUUUAGUGCUGGCCCCAGGAAUUGUAUAGGUCAAAAGUUUGCUAUGAUGGAGUUGAAAAUUGCGAUAUCAGAGACAGUGAAGAACUUUUUAAUAUUGCCAUCCGGUAUUGAACCAAAGUCUACUGCAGUGUUAAUCCUAAAGUCACAGAAUGGUGUCCACGUAAAACUAAGGCCAAGAAAUUAG